GGUCAGAGGUCCAUCUGGCCAGCAUCCUGUUUCCUUCAGUGGCCAGGCAGAUGUUUCUGGGAAGCUGAUGGGAAGAAAAGCACAGGAACAUAGGAAGCUUAUUCUGAGUCAGACCAACUGGUCAGUCCAACUCAGUAUUAUGGACACUGGCUGGCAGUGGCUCUCUGGGGUUCCAACCAAGGGACAUUCAUAGUCCUACCUGGGACCUUUCAUCUGCAAAGCAGGGGCUGUACCACAUGCUGCCAAGCCAUCCCGAUUUAAGCAGGACACCCCAGAAUUACAGAAGUCAUCCCAGCUUCUGGUUGGAUCCCAGAAUGUCCUGUUUUUUUGGUCUGGCACUCUGGCGUGUUGUCAGCAGAGCAUCCCAAUUUGGAUCACCUGGAUUUUGUAGGGUAUGCUGUUGAUGAGCUGUUGUUGUUUAGUCGUUUAGUCGUGUCCGACUCUUUGUGACCCCAUGGACCAGAGCAUACCAGGCACUCCUGUCUUCCACUGCCUCCCGCAGUUUGGUCAGACUCAUGCUGGUAGCUUCAAGAACACUGUCCCACCAUCUCGUCCUCUGUCGUCCCCUUCUCCUUGUGCCCUCCAUCUUUCCCAACAUCAGGGUCUUUUCCAGGGAGUCUUCUCUUCUCAUGAGGUGGCCAAAGUAUUGGAGCCUCAGCUGCACCCCUAUAAAUACAAACCCAGCAUGUCCCCUGCUGUUGGUCCCUAGUAUGUGCUGCUCAGAGGCAUAUUGUCCCUGAACUUGGAGGACCCAUUGGCAAUGAUGACAAAUUGAAUUACUUUUUGCAGCUGUGUAUUUAACAACUGGGAAACCAAGGCAACCAGGAAUUCAAGGUAGUUGAGUGGGUGGUAGUGGGGGGACCAGAAAGCCUAUCCUCCUCCUCCUCUGUGCCAGCCACAGAGCCCAUAAUGACCAGCAGAACUUGUGGAGGAGGGGUGGAUCACUCUUUCUCUCCUGGGUGGAAACAUUUUUGUCUCCCCUGCCCCUUUCCUCUUUUACAAGUCUGCUAAGGGGCUAGCAGCCUGUAUUCUUACUUUGGCUGCUACUCUUAACAUGGAAAUGCAGGCUAGUAAAUGUCUUUGCAGGCUAGUAACUUGGGUGAACUUAUUUACAAGCCACCAGCAGGCCUCUUCUGCAUUACUUUGUCUGGCACAUUUUAAAGCUAUCUGAGUCAUCGCCAUAACCUGCGGCCAUAAAUUUUAUAAGUUAGUUAUAUGUUGUGCUCUUCUUCUGUUUUACGGUUAAUAUUCAUGUUCUGGGAUCACAACGUUGCUCUGAUGUAAGGUGUAUGUAUGCCCGCAUGUGUGUGCAUGGGGUCCUUGGUUGGCCAUUCAUUAAUUCAUUAUCGCAUCACCCUACUAUUCGUUCCUAGCAUCCAGCAAUUCUUAGUGUGCGUCCAUUAAGAAUUUGCAGUAGAGGACUGUGGAGUGGCGUUGUGGCGUUCACCUGACCUCUAGUUGCCUGUGUCACUGCUGUGUAACAAAACAGAGAGGGAAAGGGGUGAGGUUGGUGGAAUGCAAAUGCACCAGAGGGAACAUCAUAUUGGUUCUGCUGGUGUGUUUGCACUGUGCCAACCUUCCAUUCUCUGCCCUGGCUGCAGUGAUGCAGGCAAAGGGAGGUCAGGUCAGUGCCAAUGCCCCAUCUGGCCAUCCACUGCUGUUCAUUUGCUUGAUGAUUGAGAGGUCCAUAUUCUGUGAAUAUGGUUGAUCGCUCCUGAAAGCUUAUGUUCCUGUUUCGGAGUCAAUAUUAUGCUGCAGUACUGCAUUGACGGAAGGUGUGUGGUCCUUCAUUUAUUUAUUACAGUCCCCCCCCCCCCACCUUUCCAAGGACUCAGGUUGUGAUGAGUGUUGCCACCGCCCCAUCAUGCCCUAAGCACACAUAUGGAAAGAACAAGUUCCUACAUUUAGGCCCAACGUUUCUAAAUUUUUUUAUCGAAUUCUAAAUUAUAUUACAUAUAACAUUGUACUGUUGAGAGUGUAUUAACUUAUGGUCUGUGUGUGCGGUUUGGGAGCUGCACGCUCAGGGGAAAAACAGUGCUGUCCAAGGUUGUAAAGACUGUGGAGAGAAUAACUGGGUGCACUCUUCCCACCUUGGAUCAAAUCUAUGCUUCCAGGAGUCAUAAGAAAGCUGCAGAGAUAGUGCAGGAUAGUACGCACCCUGGAAAUGAUCUCUUUCAGCUUCUGCCUUCUGGAAGAAGGUACAGGGUUAUAAAGACUAGGACUAGCCACCUGAGAAACAGUUUCUAUCCAAAUGCGAUUUUGGUUUUAAACGCAGUGUAAGGUAGUCUCUGUGGGAGUAUAUUGUAUUUAAUGAUGGGGUAUCAGAGUUUUUAGGGGGUUAACUAGGCUGGGAUAGCAGGCUUGUUGGUUUUUGAACGUAUGAUGUAGAUUUUUUCAAUUUCAUUCUGUAUGGGACAACGGCAAUAAAGAUCAUCGUAUUAAAAAAAAACAAAGCGGAAGAGAGUGCAGAACGAAUUCAGGAAGAAGACAAUAUUGCAUCAUAAACAAGCAUCUUCUGAUGAGACAUAGAGGACAAAAGAAUUAUUGUAAAGGGAAGGAUCAGUCUGGUAUUAGAUCUAGCUCCAGCUGACCAUUUUUUUCUGUUUUGGCAGGGAGCGAGGCGGCUUUCUAUUGACACCAGUUGUUGUCAUGUGUUGAAUAAAAGGAUACCAAUCAAUGAUAAAGCAGCCCGUGCUUCUCCAUCCCUGAGCUUUUUUAACACAACUAGUCAACUGUUUGGAGAGUACAGUAGUACAAACUCUUAAUGUCCCAUGCAUCUAAAGAAAUAUAUAGGCCCAAGGUUACUUGCAUUUGCUUUGCUUGGGAUGAGACAUUCUCGUUGUGUUUUCUUUACAGCUUGAGGUGCAUUGACUGA